GCAGGCUGCCGUCGAUCGCUCUACCUUACUGUUCUUGUUAUCGGAUCGGUUAUCGGUUCUGGUGUUGACGCCUGAAUUGUCAGUGCCCACAAGACCAUCGUCGAGACGACAGUUCGGAAUUGUCAUACACCAAUGUGAUCAGCUGUUGAGCUCGUGAAACGCUUAUCAUUGAAGCACAUCGUUUCCUAGUGCGUAAAAUUUUCGGGCGACGAGCAACCCGAAUUGUCUGCGGCUCGAAAUGGUUCUGGGACGGCGGAUCCGUCUGGCGGGAGGCAUCCCUUUGAGCAACAAAAUCCUUGUGGCCGUAGAUUUCGACCACACGUUGAUAGACGCAAAUUCUGAUACAUAUAUUGUGAAACUCGCCCCCGGGAAGAAAAUUCCGGAAGAAAUACGCAAAAGAUACUCACCAGGUUCGUGGACAAAAUUCAUGCGAGCAAUCUUCCGCUACCUCUACGAAUGUGGCGUGCGACCAGAGCAACUACUCGACUGUAUAGGCGAAAUCCCGCUGAUCUCCGGAACCAAGGAAUGGUUCAAGGCGCUGAAUGAAACUGGUCAAUACGAGGUUGUGGUGAUCUCAGAUGCCAACACGGUCUUCAUUGAGCACAUACUUUACACGGAGGGCGUACGGCAUCUUGUCCACGAGGUGUUUUCGAAUUAUGCUCAGUUCGACGGCAACGGCUGUCUGACAAUUCAAGAAUUCCAUCACAAUGACCAGUGUAAGAUCUGUGCCGUGAAUCUCUGUAAGAGUCGCGUAGUAAGCGACUACAUCGACCGACGGAAGAAGCAAGGCGUCAACCUUCAAAAAGUCGUCUACAUCGGAGACGGAAUGAACGAUUUCUGUCCAGCCGCAAACUGCAAACGUGGAGAUCUCGUACUGGCGCGAAUGGAUUCACCUCUAUCGACGAAGCUAGAUGAACGUCCGAUCAAUGCAAAGGUCCAGAAGUGGUCUGAUGGUUACGACAUCUACAAGUACAUUCAACAGCACUUCUCCCAGGAGAACUCAUCUGGCACCGUUUCUCCGAACAGCGAUUAGCUCGACGGAAUGCAUAAUUGCCAUCACAGGAGCGUCCGUUCCCGCUUUGACCUAUACCGCAAUCGCUACAGAGCCCUCGCGGGUCGCUCUGUGAUGCUCAUCACCCCAUAGAUCAGAUAAUAUUUUUACAUAUACAUACGUUCUCUUGGAACUUGUACACUCAAUGCAAACGAUGCCAAUGUAUGAAUGUUUGUGUGGAGGCAAAACUGUAAAUUAUACUGGAGACGGAUUUAUACGACACUUCCGCUCGAAAAACUCUCGACGUGACUGUGCGGAAGGGUCGAGAUGUAUGCGUACAUUAUUGAAAGAGUAAUCUCAAUCGAAGGAGUGAUCUGUGGCGAUUCUCUUUCAUGAUUCAUGAUGAAUCGGAGACACGGGUCCCGAACGGCAAAAGAGCUCGAAUCCAGAGCGCGCGCGAGCCUAGCCUCAGCGUUCGGAGUAACACGUCUCUUCCCAAGCUCCAUACAUUCAUCUCGAGCCUAGGAAAUCGAGUGCCAGAGCCUCGAUGCGAGCGAUAGCGAUCUCAGUUCCUGAGGGUCCGCUCUCGCUCGACCCGACUGUUUGUUCAGUGGUGGUUUCUCUCAAACUCGAGUCUUAGACUCCUCCGGAGUGACUAUCGAUCAGAAAUCGAAACAGCUGUUUAUGUCGGCUAUUGUGAUGUUUAGUCUCAAACGGAAAAGGCAAGGGAAGGAGCGUGCGAAAAGAGGCAGCCGGCUACAGGAUACAUGUGCAGCAAACUCUUGACAGUGAGAUCGAUAUGAUCGUCGAAUAUUAAUGUGAAAAUGACGGAGGCCAAUGGUGAUACUGGAAUUCUACGAUUACCCGAGCAGAGCUCCACGGGGAGGAUGUUGGUUUUUUGUUGAUUUUCCUCCUGCUCACCUGCGUAAGAUACUGCAAAAAUCGUGGUCAUGAUGGAAAAAUAUCGCCAUGACCUUUUCUCUGAGUCAUAAUGCCAAUUAUUGAUGUUAUAUCACACUCCCGGUCAAAGGAUCUACAAUAAACGACGGAAGUAUUCCA